AUGGAGCCAGCAGCAACACCAAGGACAACAGAAGACAUCAAGAAGCGGGAGUCGAGUUCACGGGACGUCAACUCGCCCUCCAGUGCACCCUUUGGCGGACGACUCCUAGUUGACGAGUCUACAGUCUUUGAACAAAACGCCUGGGAUCACGCGCCAUGGGGCGAGGAACAGGAACAACACGCAAGGAACGAAAUCGCGCGUCAGAACCUCAACCCCGUCCCCCAGGAACUCGUUGAGACCUAUCACGCAGAGGCGGCCGAGAACUGGAACAAGUUUUAUACAAAGAACGAGAACAAGUUCUUCAAGGAUCGCCAUUGGCUCCGGAUUGAGUUCCCAGAACUCUUUGACAUGAUCGAAGCCGAGGCAGGAGAGAAGAACGUGAUGGAGAUUGGAUGCGGCGCAGGAAACACAAUGUUCCCACUUAUAAUCGAGUCCAAGAACCCAAAGCUCUUUGUCUACGCCUGCGACUUUUCAUCCACCGCCGUCGACGUCGUCAAGAACAACUCCGAAUAUGACCCCAAACGCGGAAAGGCUUUUGUUUGGGACCUGGGGGGCGAUGAUAUCCCUCCCGAAGUCGAACCCGAAUCCAUGGACGUCCUAGUCCUGAUCUUUGUUCUCUCCGCGCUCCACCCCGACCGCUGGGAACACGCCAUGAAUAACUUGUACAAGCUCCUCAAACCGGGUGGAUUGAUCGUGUUCCGGGACUAUGGACGGUACGAUAUGGCCCAGCUGCGGUUUAAGAAAAACCGACUCUUGUCGGAUAACUUUUAUGUCCGCGGAGAUGGAACGAGGGUCUACUUUUUCGAGUCGGACGAAAUUGUAAAAUUGUUUGGGUCGCGGUUUACGAUUGAGCAGAAUGCAGUUGAUCGGCGGUUGAUUGUUAACAGACUGCGAAAGGUCAAAAUGUAUCGUGUUUGGUUGCAGGGCAAAUUCAGAAAACCGCUGGCGGGACAGGCGCCAGGAGUUCCGUCAGAGACAACUGUCAGAACUGAUGAAUCAGCAGAGGAUGGGGUCGACGGCCCUGUAGACACGUCCCUUUCUCUUGAUACGCCCUCGGACUCGCCACUGCCUUCAGGAGCAGCCACACCCAGCUUAGAAGCAUGA